UUCCGCGCGUUUCAGACGUACGUCAAGACAUACGGAGAACCACAACGACUGCCAUAUGUCUCGCAAUACACACCACAACAGCUGUAUUUCCUCUCAUACGCGUCCUCGCCUGUCUGUGAAUCCGCGGGAAUGGCAUUGAAAGCCAAUCUCAACGAAUCGGUCGACCCGUGCCAUGACUUCUAUGCGUUCGCGUGCGGGGGUUGGGAGGCAUCCCAUACAUUGCCCGAUGAUAAUCAAUGGAUAUCGUUGAGUAAAAACUGGUCGACAAGUGAUUCAAAUGCUGUGACCUAUGCCUCCGAUCUCUAUAAGGCGUGUAUUGAUGAA